UCUGUCAAUCAGUCCUAUUUUUCGUUGUCGUCUUCGUCGCAGUUUUUGGAAUGUCGAGUCCACAUCAAAUCAUGAAAAAGUGCUUGAAAACCUGAAAGAAUGAGAAAUGUUCUAUAUCUUUAAAAAAUUUCUCGACUCGCAAUAGUCUGUCCAUAUAAUCGUGUGUGUGGUUUUACCAAAAAUCGUAUUUAUUUUGGUGUUUCGAAUUGCUUGGAUAGGAACGAUCUCGGACGAAAGUUUUCUACGUCGAAAAAGUUUCAACCCGAUCGUUCGAUCGAACGACUCGCGGAAGUGGAAAGGAAAAGUGGAAAUAGUGUUUGGCUUUGCACGUAGUGAGCACAGCUGUAGCAAGCAUCAGCAAAGGCGAAUAUGGGUAAGGAACCACCUACGCUGUACAAUCAAUGCCUGCUGGCCUAUGUCAAGAACCUGAACCAUAACGUCGCCAGUCUGGACCGGAUCGCAGAAUUACGUUUGUUGCCGACGGUCAUCCUAGCGGCCGUAUACGAUCAGAUGUGCAACUUCGAUUCCCUCCAGGAUAUCCUGCUGGUCCAGCUGACCGAUCUGGACACGUUCCAUAAGCUCAUCAAACAAACCUCGCUCAAACAAAUAAUGUUCAAAUGCGUCCAGACUCUGAUGACGGGUCGGCGUCCGAUCGUCACCGAGUUGCGGACCAAGUUCUGCCGGGCAACUACGGUGUACUAUCUGCAAAAUGCAAACGCCUCGGCCGUGAAGGAUGCCAGUCUCGAGGGCUAUCUGAGUGGUGGUGACCUGACGGCGUCCGGAGAAUGCCCGGUAGCACCCGAUAAUUGGCGCUUCGUUAGUUCUUUCAUGGAUCAGAUCGACAACGGAGUUCGCCUUGGUUCGUUUCUGUCGGAGUCCGGUUGGUUGGAAGAAUCAUUGCAUGUAUUGAACAUCACGCUUGGAAUGAUCCAGUUACUGCGGAAUUGCUACAUGCGGUCAUUGAUCGAACUGAACUGCCUACAGAAAUUAUUAUGUGCACAAACGGCAUUUUGUUGCUUCAAAGAGGCCAGCAUUACGGUGGCUCAGGCGCUCAAUAUAAUUGAUAAACUCACGCAGCAGCACCAGCAGCAAAUGCGACAGCGAAUGUCCUCUGCGAAAGCUGGCAGCAGUAGUAGAAGUAGUAGCGAUGCUCCCAGUCAUCAUCAGACUUCCGGCACUUCCGUCAACGGUGAUGUCGAUAGGCUUAGUAACAUACCGAACAGUUUAUUGGCCAACAUGUUCCAUCAGAUUUCCGUUCUGCACUUCUAUCGGAGUGAGUAUGACCUGAGCUACCGGUGGAGCAUUCGGGCACUGAAACACGUCAACAAACAUACACCGGACAAAAUCGUCGUGGACGUGGUGCGGCAGAUGGCGAAAUCGUGCGUAGUAAAACGUCAGUUCCAGUCGGCCAGUAUGCUUAUCAAACAGGCGGUCUGUCGAGCCCGGGCAAGCUUCGGUACGAACCAUCAGAAGUACGCGAACGCCCUGCUCGACUAUGGUUUCAUCCUGUUGAACGUGGAUUCGAUUGCGAACAGCGUAGCGGUGUACUCCGAGGCACAUGAGAUUCUGUGUCGAAUCUUCGGGUCACGCAAUCUGCACGUGGCCGUCGCUCACGAGGACCUAGCUUACUGUCUGUACGUGCUGGAGUACAGUUCCGGGAAGUUCGAGUCAGCUACAGCCAAUGUCGAGCGGGCGAUCGAUAUCAUGAAGGAACUGGUACCGUGUAACCAUCUGAUGUUGGCAUCGGCAAAACGUGUCAAAGCACUGAUCCUGGAGGAAAUCGCUCUGGACACGAUGGCAUCCUCGAUCGAUUAUCAGCGGUGUAAGAAUUUGCUGGAACAGUCGGAAGAGUUACACCGGUCAGCGCUGCAUUUGUCCCUGGAUGCGUUUGGGGAGAUCAACGUACAGACAGCGAAGCACUACGGCAAUCUCGGACGGUUGUAUCAGUCCAUGGCCAAGUUCGAUGAUGCCGAACAGAUGCACAAACGGGCAAUCAACAUCAAAACGCACAUUCUCGGCCCGUACGACUACGAAGUGGGACUGUCGAUCGGUCAUCUGGCCUCGCUGUACAACUAUCACAUGCAGAAACAUCAGGAAGCGGAGGAACUGUACUUGAAAAGUAUCGAAAUCAGUUUACGAUUGUUUGGUGAAGCGUACUCCGGUUUGGAAUACGAUUACCGGGGGUUGAUUCAUAUCUACGAGAUUACCGGAGCUCAGGCGCGCUACGAUCUGUAUUCGAACAUCCUUGAGGAAUGGAGGAUAUUACGUGAGGAUAAUCAAGUUAAUAAGAAUAACUUCCCGGCGGAGAUAACGGAGGAUACCACGAUGGAGGAGGUUACUCGAAAGUUUUUCGAAAUGUGUUCAAACAGCCCUUGUCUCACGGGUGGCGAUCCGUUGACGGACAGUGGAACUAGCUUAGAUAGUCACCAUCCGUGUGUUGACAUUGACGAUGCUGCACCGGACAGUGGCGAGAGUGGAAUCGGCGAGGAACCACCGGUAGAUAGUGGCGAAGAUUUACUGGUCGCAACGGCUUCGUCAUCGGCAGAGGAAAUGCUCCGGAGCAUGUAAAAAAAAAAACAAUAUAAAAAUUACAACACCUUUCCAUCAACAGCUUUUCCACGUUCGUGUCGCCUUCACGAAAUGCUUCUUGGACGUGUUCUGUUGCGUAAAUAUAGCACAAAAAUAGCAGCCCGAAAAUGGUAACUCCUGUUUGCUGCCAUGUUGUUGAUUUUAUUGAUUUGAUUCACUUACUGUGUUCGUUUUAAUGCAUAUUUACAUUGGUAAAACAAGAAAACUAAGAAGCUCGAAAAUUAUCAGAAACUGUGCGUCGUCCAGUUUUCCGUUGUUAGCUGCUUCGAAUGAUUUCACGAAAAGGCUGUUGAUACACACGUCCAUGCUGCGCCCCGAGUCGUAAUAUCUACCAGUUCUUGUUUAUACGUAGUGUUUCGCGACACACGUUCUUCCGUUGAAAUUUGCGUAUAGUUUUCCAAUCGGAUAGCACAAUGCAUUACAGAAAUCUCUACGAAAUAAUCAGACAAGGAAGGACAGAAAAAGAUAUAUAUUAAUAAAUAUGCAGAAUUUUAACUAGUUGACAAA